GAAUUCGUUGGGGAGGGCAGACAUGGGCAGCAGGGACACCUCUCGCACACGGCGAGACCGAGGUCGCUCCAUUUCACGCUCGCCAGAGCGACGAUCGUACUCGUCGCGGAGAGAUGAGGACAAGGAUCGUCUACAUAGGCGUAGAUCACCGAGUACUAGUUCUUUGAGCGACGCUGGUCACAAGGAUAAGCGACGACGACGGAAAAGGAGUCGCUCUACGAGCGUGUCGAGCUAUACGAGUAGCAGUGAGACAUCCUCCGACGACGACCGGUCUCGACGGAAGAGAAAACACUCCAAGCAUAAAAAGGAAAAGAAAAAGGAGAAAAAGUCGAAAAAGGACAAGAAAUCGCAAAAGAAAAAGAAAUCAAAGAGCAGUAAGGACAAGACAAAAUCUGGAGCUGUAACCGCACAAUAUGGCGCACAUGGUCUUAUCACUGCCUCCGAUAUGUAUCGAAAGGAAGCAGAGUUUCGUACCUGGCUGGUCGAAGUCAAAAACACCUCCCCCGAAGUCCUGGACAACCAAAAAAUGAAACUGCACUUUGCGGAAUACAUGGAAGACUACAACACUGCAACCCUUCCUCUCAAAUAUUAUGAUCUGGAUCAAUGGGAGCGCCAACAAUUUGUACGCCAAAGAGCAGAAGCUGGGGUUGAAGACACUGGCGAAUUCAAUAUCUUGAACGAUGAAGAACGACUAAAGCAACACAGUAAGGCUCUCCGAGCUGGACGACUCCCAGAGCCGAGUUUCACAAAAGACCAGCUGGCGGAAUUGAAAAAAGUGUCAGAGGAGCGUAUUGCGGCGGAUCGGUUGCGGAAGAUGGGUUAUGUUCCCAAGGAUAGUUUGGGCGUGCGGUAUGAAGAGGCUGAAUGAGGUGGAUGUAAUGCAGAUUGUGUUGUUUGUUCUGGACUUUUUUUUACUCUUCCCGCAUAUAUAUGCUCUAUCUGCGCAUCUUUUGCUCUGUGAUCUGGA